UGUAAUGUGGGAGACCAGAUAUAGUGAAUGCAGGGUCUGGGGAGAGCGGAUAUAGUGAAUGCAGGGUCGGGGAGACCGGAUAUAGUGAAUGCAGGGUCCGGGGAGACCGGAUAUAGUGAAUUCAGGGUCUGGGGAGGUGAGCAAAACCUUGGACAGAGGGGUGGCUGUGGAAUUGGUAUACUUGGACAGAGUGGUGACUGUGGAAGUGGUAUACUUGGACAGAGGGGUGACUGUGGACGUGGUAUACUUGGACAGAGGGGUGACUGUGGACGUGGUAUACUUGGACAGAGGGGUGACUGUGGACGUGGUAUACUUGGACAGAGGGGUGACUGUGGACGUGGUAUACUUGGACAGAGGGGUGACUGUGGAAGUGGUAUACUUGGACAGAGGGGUGACUGUGGAAGUGGUAUACUUGGACAGAGGGGUGACUGUGGACGUGGUAUACUUGGACAGAGGGGUGACUGUGGACGUGGUAUACUUGGACAGAGUGGUGACUGUGGAAGUGGUAUACUUGGACAGAGG